AUGUUACCCUCUACAGGUUUAUUCAAAAGUUUCGUUUGUCCCUAUUACGAUGCUGGGACAUCAAGUGGAACAGGGUCAACGGGGCAGACGUCCACAUCAUGCAAUCGUCCUUACUGCCACUUUAAGCAUGUGCGGAAAGAUGAUAUUGAGAAACCACAAACGGCCACACAGUCUGUUAGUCAGCCGGCACCGGAGUACAAACCAACACCCAAACUUCUCACCUUGGCUGAAUUGCCAUUGCCCAAGGUUGUUAAGAAGACGAGGACCAAUUUGGAAUAUCAACCAGAAAAGCCUGAAAUUAAUGCUUCGCCCUCAAAGAAUCAACGUUCUUCGCUGGAUAGCGCUCCGGUUUAUGUUCCCGCACCCACUUCCGCUACCAAGCAAGCUGUAGUACCUGCAAACAUUGAUGAAGAUAGCCAAGAGAGUGGUCCAUUAAAUUUGGACGAUUGCACAGAUGAAUUAGAUGAACUUACGGGUAUAAUAAACGAUGAUGUUGAAUUUGAAAACGAUGCACAAUUCUCCGAUAGCCCAGAAACGGAAGAAUGCAAAGAUGUAGACAGUACAGGAGAUUCUAAAAAUAAAAGUGAUAUACAGGAAACAAAAUCAUCAAGUAGUAGCACUGAUAAAGCAGAAAAAUCAAAGAGAAGAGACUCGUCAUCAUCAUCAUCUCAUUCCCAUAGUCGUCACAAAUCUCACAAGUCAUCUUCGUCUCGGUCCAAGGAUGAGGAAAAACAUAAGGAACACAAAGAGCGUACCAAGGAAAAGGAGGAGAAAAAGGAUCACAAGUCUUCGUCAUCGUCCUCGUCUUCCCGUCACAAAUCGUCGUCUUCGUCAACUUCGUCAUCAUCACACAAGUCAUCUUCCCGCGAUAAAGACAAAGAGAAGGAAGUAAAACAUAAGUCAUCAUCUUCCGAGAAAAAACAUCAUUCAUCCUCGAGCAGUUCAUCCAAACACAAAUCUUCAUCGUCUUCAAAACCAUCAUCAUCGUCGUCGUCAUCGGAUAAACGAAGUGCAUCUUCUUCGGAAUCAAAAUCAAAAUCCAAGGAUAGCAAAUCGGCAGAUAAGAAACAAUUGAAUGUCGACGACACAUCAGAACUAUUCGCCACAACCGAAGAGGAUAUAAUGAAAGAGUGUGAAAUGAUUUAUGACCAAUUGGAACAAGAAUUUGCCUCGCUACAUAACGGCAACGGUUCAAACGAUGAAGAAAAAGCCAAAGAAGAAUCUAAGCAAGCAGCAAAACGCAAAGCGAAUGAAGAUGAAUUUGAACAGCCGGAAUUGCCGCAUAAAAAACGUGUAGCCUAUGAAAAUGCCGAUAAAUAUAAAAGUCAUACUCCGGCAGUUGCUCUCAAACCAGAUCAUCGCAAAAAUGCAAUGCAGGCAAUAUUUAAUCGACAAGAAGAAACUCGCCGCAAACAGGAAGAGGAGGCAGCAGCUGCCGCAGCCGCUUUGAGAGAGGCCGAACAAAAAGUCCGGGAAGCUAAUGAAGCGUUACGCAAAGCACAAGAAAAAUCCUUAACGCCGUUAAUACCCAAAAGCUAUUUAACACCUCCGACAAAACCAAUUGCACGAACAAUAGCACCUGUGGCAAAUAUGUUAGCCUUUGAAAGGGCUAAAAAGAAAGUUGAAGAAUUGAGAGCAGAAAAGCGACCCGCUUUUACACCAUCACAAACGAGUAAAGGUGGAUCGCGUGUUGCACAUAAACUAACUGAAAAGGCAGCGAAUACAGAAGCUGAAAAGGUAGCAAAACCGCCAGUUUUAGAAGCCAACUCAACAAAGAUAUCCUAUAACAUUCGAAUGCAGUAUUAUGAAAUGAUGGUGAAACAUUGUCUAUCCAUAUAUCCCAAUGUGGCGGAUGCUUGGGAAAGGGCCCAAACGGAAGAGUUAGCUGUAUUCAAAAAAUGCAAUACUCCUGUUAUUUAUAAAAGCAGCGCCAUGUUGGCCAUUAAUAAAUUAAGAAAAGAAGCUGCAGAUUCGGGUAAUAAACCUUCCCAAUCAAAUAAAAUUAUAUCACAUGAAGUGGUAUUAGCUGGCAAAUUGGCAACAAAUACAUCAUGGAGUGUUAAGAAAAAGAUAAAAACCGAUUCAACAUUGAGCGGCAGCAAUGAACCAUUUGAUAAAUUACCCGGUGAUAAAGCAUAUGAUAUGGUCUUUGAACUGCGUUUAACAGACGAACAAUUGGUUAGCAAUGGUUAUCCUCGACCUGGCACUAAGCCAGGAACAGCAACAAUUCAAUGUACAAAGCCAAUGCGUCGCCCUAAUGACACAGAACGUUAUUGCAGUCGUUGUGGCAAGGUUUUCAAUUUGUCCAUCUAUGAUCAGGUUUGUGUGGAUGAGUGUAAUUACCAUCCUAAGGGUACUGGUUAUAGACGAGGUUUUAGUGACAAUUAUCAUCGUUGUUGUCAGCAACCUGCUGGCACGCCAGGUUGUAGUUAUGCCAAUUAUCAUGUUAGCGAUUUCGUUGAUGUGGACAAUCUUACGGGCUUCAUUACAACCAUUGCAAAAGAUGAUCCCGACUAUGUACCUACGAAGAAGGAUAUUUACGCUUUAGAUUGUGAAAUGUGUUAUACCACCCAUGGUGUAGAACUGACACGAGUCACUGUGGUUGAUGUCAAUUGUAGGACAGUUUAUGAUGCCCUUGUUAAACCCGAUAACAAAAUUGUCGAUUAUAAUACAGUUUACUCCGGCAUAACAGAACAAAUGUUGGCUAAUGAGACCCGAACGUUACGUGAUGUUCAAGCAAUAUUAAUGUCUAUGUUUAAUUCGCAAACUAUUUUGAUUGGCCACAGUCUAGAGAGCGAUUUAAAGGCAUUAAAACUCAUACACAAUGUUGUGGUCGAUACCUCAGUUCUGUUCCCUCACAAAUUGGGUCCACCAAAGAAGAGAGCUUUGAAAACGUUAUGUAUAGAGCAUUUAAAGCGAAUUAUUCAAGAAAGUGAAAGUGGUCACGACAGUGCCGAAGAUGCUGAGGUCUGCAUACAAUUAGUUAAAUUUUAUUUACGUAAUAAAAUAAGUUGAGUAACUCUUUUAUUUCUAUUUCAAUCAAUGCAUUUCUUUGCA